CAUUUAUCUUCGAUCAUUUAACACCUGAAACAAUACGGAAGAGAAACGCAAUGAAGACAACGAUGAUUAAGUUUCUUUUUCUGCUGACAAUAUCAGCCGCACUGAGUGAGAAGCCAAUUCGUGGAAGGCCAUUCUCAAGACCAUUGUUUUUACGUCAGGAGGAAGCUCCAGUUGAUUCUGCACCUUAUCAACCCAGUGGAUGGAAACCAGAGGGACAACGUUUGAUCCUUCCUGCUAGGCAGGAAGCAGGAGUACCUCAUACUGUUUAUGGGCCUCCUUCUUCGGAAGCGCCUCCAAGUGAAUAUGGUCCACCUGCUCCUGCAGAAGCAGAACAAACUGAACCACCGCAAUAUCCUCCUAAUAAUGAGUAUGGUCCUCCGGAUACACCCCAGGAACCUAAUAAUGCUUAUGGACCACCUGAUCAAAAUCAACCGGAACCCCUAGAACCUCAACAAACAGAAGAAUAUCCACCAUUAGGUGGUCCACCUGGAGAAAGUUCAAAUGGUGGUUAUGAUUAUCCUCCUCCGCAGCAACCAUUCCCAGAUCCGUCGAAUGAGUAUGGACCACCACAAUCUCAACCAGAUAAUGAGUAUGGCCCACCACAGUCACAACCACAACCUGAUAAUGAAUAUGGUGCACCUCCUCAACAACCUGAUAAUGGUUAUGGUCCUCCACCACAAGAAAAUGGGCAGAUCCCGGUGGAUCAAGGAGCUUCUGAGCAAAUUCGUCAACAGCAAUUUAGACAACAGCUGCCUGGGUUUACGCCUUCUAGAUUUGUCAAACCUCAAGCACAACGACUUAGGCAAAACUCUCGUGGUCAAGCUGCUCCAGAAAAGUUACAACAAUUACCAAGGAAUAACCAGAAGCAACAAUUCAGACAGCAGUCAAAUAGAAGACCACAAAAUCAACAGCCACAGUUCCAAAGACAACGAGUUCAACCUCAGCAGCAGCAAUUCCAAAGACAAAAGCAAAACCUUGCACAAACCCAACAAUUUGCACAAAAACAACAAUUGUACCAGACUCCUCAGUCGACUGGUGGAAAUCCGAAUGUAGCUGUAGCGACCGCGGUCUCAGGUGAGUACUAUGUCAUCGAGCCAAACGGCCGCCUCCAGAGGGUCUCAUACACCACAAUGAAUGGCAAAUUGGUUGAUGGCAAAAUUACAAAUGGGAUCAAACCCGAAGAGGUGCAAAAUACCAAAGCGCCAAUUUAUCAAAUUAAUCAAUUUAAUCAAUUGGUAAAGGUAAACAAGAAUCAAAUUAGAUAA